AUGUCCGAAUUCGAGCCGUCAUACGCGACCUCGGCCGCGGCGCGAGCCUAUGGCUCAACCGCGGCGGGGGACGAUGGCCUCGACGGCGAUCUGGACACAGCUCCCGAAUACCCCGAUCAACUGGAUUAUUACUCUCUCCUCGGUCUUUCGCAGAAACCUGCUCCGACCGAAGCCGAGAUUCGAUCUGCAUAUCGCAAUCUGAGCCUGAUGUUCCACCCGGACAAACAGCCGCAGCAUCUUCGGGAAUCUGCCGAGCAGCACUUUAAGCGCAUCCAGACGGCAUAUGAUACCCUGAUGGAUCCGAAGAAGCGGGUGGUGUAUGAUAUGCUUGGAGAAGAAGGGGUGCAGCGAGAAUGGGGUCGUGGCGGCGCAAUGGGCACCGGAGGCGAUGCGGAGAAGCAGCAAGUGGGCGUCAAGGCGAUGUCGCCGGCGGAGUUUCGUCGUUGGUUUAUGAGAACCAUGAAGAAGCGUGAGCGCAAAGCAUUGCAGGAUCUGGUGGCUGGCCAUGGCUCUAUUACCCUUGGGCUAAAUGCCGAGUCGACCAUUCGUGUCGACGAGGAUGAUGAUAUUACCAUUCAUCUUCCUGAUAGUGUUAUUCCGGCCUCUUAUGCCGCCAAAGUCUCGUUCAAUACUCCUCUACGCUUGCCUGGUUUCGGAACAAGAUCUGCGGACGACGGGAAGCAAGAUGAACAGCAGGAGACACCUGAUUCAGAAGAUGGGGACGAGGAAUUAGAAUCAUCCGUCAAUGUCAAUUUUCACGCUGGCAUCGCCGGUAAUAUCAUUCAUCGUGUACAGGAAGGCAGAGCCACUUAUGACGAUGGAAAGGAAGAAGAUAUCAAGAUUCCAUUGCCUCCGAUUGUGAUUGCCAAUGAUGUGAGCCUCGGCGCGACAAUCACUCCCAAUAUGGGCGAAUUAAUCGGCACAAAGGGCCUUUGGAAUAAUCGAUUUUUCUCAACCCUGAGAGAUUCCACUGUCUUGGUCGAAGCAAAUGUUCUUCCUCUGCCGCUUCUGAGAACGACUGUGGUUCGGGCUUUCCAGCCAAUUCCAGGAAUUAAGCCUUUCCAAGUCACAGCGAAAACCACGGUGGUGCGCUCCUUAUUGGAUUCACCUCCGUCAGUCGAGGUGCACGUCACAAAGGAGAUUGCGACAAGGAAACUGGCCUUCUGCGCGUGGUCCAGUGGUCUCCUGUUAUAUCCGGAUUUCUUGUUGGAUAAUUUCUUUUUUCGAGGAAUGACCGUGGAGGACAUGUAUGCCAAUGCUGGCGAACUAAGCAGCCUUCAAAUGGGUCUGAUCGCCUUGCCCAAACAAGCAACACAGACGGCUCCGAUGGACGAGGACGACAUCGAUCCAGAUUCAGGGGAUGUCCGCGGGAAGAAAGGUCAGGCGAACCGCGCCGCGGAAUCCUGGCAGACAUUCGUGACAGUAUCUCCCGGUGGUGGUGGGUUGAGUCUUUUAUACUCUCGGAACCUGUUUUCGGGCACCCCAGCCGAUGAUCUAGCAAAGUCUGAAUGGAGUGACGAAGGCUACAGUCCAAUGAUGAAGCUCGAAGGGCCCCGAGCUGUCCGCAUGGAGCUUUCCACUACUGUCAAUGCAGACCUGUCUUUUAACUGGAAUCUCAAGGGUACUCGUCGCGUUGGCGAAUUUAGCAGAAUGGGAGUCGGCAUUGGUUUGACUCACCAGGGCAUUCUGAUGACAGUCGGUUGGACGCGGCUCGGUCAGAGCUUAAAUCUACCCAUCAUCAUCUGUUCCAAAGAUGAAGCUGUACACGACGCCGCUAUUUGGGCAAGCAUUCUUACCUGGGCCAGCUAUCUGGCCAUCGAAUUUGGCUAUGUCCGGCCUCGCGACCGCAAACAGCGUCGGGAGCAAGUUGCGCGUCGCCACAAUCAAUUAAAGAAGUUGAUUCCAAAGAAGCGAGCUGAAAGUGAACAAGCGAUUCAGAUGAUGAUCGACCAGGUUCAGAGGCGGCAAUCAAGAGAGCUGAACCAGGAUGGUCUGGUCAUAGAUCGAGCUGAAUAUGGUUACUGGCCACCCACAGACCGCAAACCUCGACGGGGGCUCGAGCAGGCUCGAACGACGGAUGUGUUCUACCCCGUUGCCAAUCUCGUUGCACAUGGGCAGCUGGUGAUCAAUUCCAAUACAAUCAAGCAUCAAAUUAUCGGCUUCCAUGACCCUGCGCCGCUUCUGAAGAAGCGUCUGAAGAUCUGGUAUACUUUCCAGGGUCGCUCACACUAUGUGGAAGUCGGUGAUAAAGAGGGCGUCCUCCUGCCUCAACGUGUCCACAUGUGUCCGGAAUCCGAGCAAUUCAACCCGCUUAACUCGUAG